UGUCUUCGACAUUGGUGUGGCUGAGUUUAAGUGUGAUACCCGACGCACCACGGAGAUCCUGGACAUUCCGCACGCUUGGUACCGCAGCAGUUUGGCGCGUGCCCUUUUUAUCGGCCAGACCGCAACUAUGGAAGGUAUGGAGCCUGGGGUUGCUCCAGCACAGACGGCUGACGAGGAGAGUCUUCCCAGCUUCCGACCGGAAGAAGAGGACGAAGCUUCAAUGGUCAGUGAUACUUCCUCGCGGGCUGAACGAAUUCGCCGACCUUCGCCGGCCGCCCCCACUCGGCCCUCCAUCAUCGCGUCCGACAAUCCCCUCGGGUCAUGGCUCCAAAAGACUAGUCAAGCCUCUCGCCGCAAAUUUCGUCGUAAUGCCGGCACUACUGGAGCGCAGCCCUCUGUGGUCUUUCGACAGUCACCCGUCCCCAGCCAAUCAGCUGCAGCCAUGGAGGAAGCCCGACGACGCAGCGCGACUACACCUCACGAGGCGCCCUCUGCCUGUGAGUCUUUCCCCGCUGGUGGCGUCUCAAAUACUACUACUUUACCGCCAAGAAUGUCAUCUGCAGCACCCAGUCAAGGCGGCAGUCUCGGCGUCGUCUCCUGGCAGGCUCUGCCCAUCUUCUAUGUAAAUAUCAGUCAGCUGGACGUGGAAAUGUACAUUGGCAGUGCAAUGGGCCUGACACGGUGCGUCCUCCCAGCCUUUUUUUUUCAAGACUUAGUUUCCAUUUGCAACCUGCUCAUCGGUCUUCCGAUUUGUUUCGACGACUAG